AUGAAUUUCGCAGAGUUCGCCAUCAAGCAUGCAUCAGUAUUCGAUCCGAUGUUGGACAACCUGAUAACAACCGUCGGCCAAUGGCCUUUUUUCAGGAGCAUUCGGAUAUUAAAGAAACCUCCCAAGAGAUUUCUUCGACAGAUGUUACCCUCUGUAGAAUCCACAAUAACUGCUCCACCAGCUACACUGCCAACGGAAGGAGGUACGAGGACUUGGAUACUGCCAGGUCGUCCAAGCCUAGACAGGAACAGUCGAGAUUCUGAGGUUGGGUUCGAACAACAGGCCUUCCGGUCCGUAAGCCGGAGCCUUAACCACUGA